AUGUCGACCCUUGUCGCCCAGCAAAUCCUCCUGCCGCCGCCCUUGUUACCCAGCAAGCUGAGUAGCAGACCAACGAUUCUAGUUCGGCGCUUAGCAGCACAACGCAACUGCAUGCUCGACUUCCUCAGACGGCGUGUCUCGACAUCAAACUUCAAAAGUUCAGACCUGUCGUCCAGACAGGCACAUCGACUCUACUAUGCUCGUCCACAUCGGCUUAUCUUUGCUCGUCUACAUCAGGUAUGCUCUGCUCGUCGCUCUCGACAUCAAAAGUACAAGGUUGAAUCGGUUAACCGCUAA